AGGGCCGGAGAAGAGGGACAAACACGGAAGUGUCCGGGUCCGGCCGGGGCAGUUCUGUCUGGACCAGGAGCCAUGGCGGGGCUUUGCCUUCCCCCUGAGGAGACGACGGGCUACCCUGCACUGGAGCCGGGAGGCUAUUGGGGGCGGGGCUGGUUCGGGCCCUUCCCCGGAGGGGAUGUUCAGGCGCACAAACAGGAAGUCUCCCCACCUUGGGGCUCCCAGCCCCUCAAGGACUCCAGUGUGGCCCCAGCAGAGACCUCAGAGCCAGAGGGAAUGGCCCCCGGAACCCCGAGGCCCCCCUCCCAGGGGUCAAUAACAUUCAAGGAUGUGGCUGUGGACUUCACCCAGGAGGAGUGGGGCCUGUUGGACCAGUCUCAGAAAGAGCUGUACCUGGAGGUCAUGCUGGAGAAUGUGCAGAAUCUACUCUCUGUGGGACUUCCAGUUCCUAGAGAAAAUUUUAUCUCCUAUUUUCAGCAAGGGGAAGCACCAUGGCUGCUAGAGGAAAAAGGCCCAAGAAACUCCUGUCCAGAGGCAGAGACUAAUUAUGAAGUGAAGGAGAUGUCUACAGAGCUGAGCCUUUUUGUGGAAGAAUGUGACCCCCAAAGAUACAUGAAUGAGGGUCCCUGUGAUUUCAUUUUGAGUGAAAACUAUGACUUUAAUAUCAAUGUAAAUAAAAAUCCAAAGAGUGAGUGUGAAUUUGUUGAGAUUGCAGAGAAAUUCAACCAAUAUUCAGUCCUAAAUCAGUAUAUGAAUUUGACCUCAGAAAAUGACUGUUGUCAGGACAGGGAAUUGUUAUACAGCAAAUGCUUUCCUGAAGAAGUAGGACUUAUUCAGUCACCUGAGAAACCUCCUGAAAUGCUCAUGUAUGAAGUCCGAACUCUGAACUUGCUGUACAUCAAAUAA